UAUUAGUUGUGUAAGUUUCAAAAAUUAUGUCAGUAAAGCGAUAACAUAGAAUAUAUUGAUAUUUGGCAGGCAAUAGCAAUUUUGAGCCGAAUAUCUAAAUAGUGUAAUUUACAAUUAAAUUUCCUGCGUCAAAGCACUUGAUCUCUAACUAAAAAUUUAACUAUGGGAGAUGCCGAGAAAGGUAAGAAAAUCUUUGUUCAAAAGUGUGCUCAGUGUCAUUCAAUAGAGAGUGGAGCCAAGCAUAAGGUUGGGCCCAACUUAUAUGGUGUUAUGGGACGCAGGAGUGGUACAGCUUCUGGUUAUAAAUAUACUGAAGCCAACCAGAAAAAAGGCGUCACUUGGAAUGAUUCAACUUUGUUUGAUUACUUAGCAGAUCCUAAGAAAUAUAUUCCGGGAACAAAGAUGGUAUUUGCUGGCUUGAAAAAACCUGAAGACCGUAAGGACUUAAUUGCCUAUCUCAAAACUCGCAAAUAAGUUUCGUUUAGUUCUAAUAAGAAACAACAACAACAUAGUAUUGAAAUUUAUUUAAAUUUCAAUAAACAAACUUUCAUAUAGUAAUCUAAUCAUCAGUGAAAUUUCAAAAACAAAAUCUUUUAAUUAUUUUUCAAACAACUGAUUUCAGUUGAUUAAAAAAUAUGUAUUUACUAAAUUGGACAACUGAUUUCCAUGGACAGUCGAGCAACAAACAACUUCAGAAAUGCUAGUCUACAUUUAAAACAAUUUUUUUUAACAUUACAAAAAAGCCAAUAAAAAGCAAAU